AUGCAGGUGACUGCGGUGCAGUACAUAUCGCAUCACCGCCCGCCCGCAAUUUUGCGUAAAAUUGGCAGCGUGCGGCGGGCGGGUGGCGGCAGCGGCGCGGAGCGUCGAUCCCGAAAUAGUGUUCGGGCGCGGUCGUGCGCGAUCGGGAGCGGCGCUCCAGUCGCCGUGUGGCCGCGCGCGCGCUCCCGCGUCGCUUCGAGCUGUCCGUACCCGGGUAAGAGAGCCAGGACCCCGGGCCGCGUCGGGCGCGCUGCCCGCGCGCUGGCCGCCGUGCUCUGGUGGUGGUGCGUGGCGCUGCUGCGGCUGGUCGCGCUCUGCGCGCCUCCCCCCAGCCCGUCCGCCGGCGCGCCGCCGCCGCUCGCCGCCCGCGCCGCGGAAGAUGCGCCGCCGGCGGCCGCCUGCGCCAGCGCGCCCUCCAACGACACCGGCCACGCGCCGCCUCCGCCGCCCCGACACCCGCCGACAGCGGCGCCCGACCCCGACCCCACACCACACACCGAGUGGUGGUGGGCGGGCGCAUGCGCGGGCGCCGCGGUGGUGGCGUGCGCUGCGGGCGCGCUGGCCCGUCCGCUCCUGCGCCGCCGGCGCGCUGCCGCCGCAGCCGCCGCUGCAUGCCCCAUGCUCUCGGUACAAGUGCCGGGGUGCGCGGGCAUGGAGCGGCUCGGUGCGCCGGGGGGGCCGCGCCUGCGACACGAGCACAGGCAUCACCACUCUGCAGAAUGGGAAAAGCAGCAGCGAAUACAGGCGAUGGUGGGGAGAAUUCAAGAGAUGGUGGAGCAAGACGCGAGAGCGCGAUCUGCGGCCGCCGCCGAGCGGCUCGGCCUGCCACCGAGCAUACAGUUGCCGGACGGCGAAUACGGGCAGGAUGCCCAUUUGCAGUUACGAGUCCCUUAUCAGCAAGCCGAGUUGAUGAGAAGUUUUCAGCCUCCACCGAACAAGUGCGUGAGCGACGUGCCCGAGUGGGCGGAGGCGCGGCGCGGGGGCGGGGGCGGGGGUGGCGGUUGCGCAGCCGGCGGCAGCCACAAGAAGGACGGGCUGCUGCAGAAGGCGACGCGCUGGUGGGGCCGCAUGGGCGCGCGCGGGCCUGGGGUGCCUGGUGUGCCUGGGGUGCAUGGGGUGCCUGGGGUGCAGGUGCCAGCGCUGCCGCCGCCGCCGUGCGUGAUGGUGCCGCGCCGGACGCCGCCCACGCCGCCGCCGCCGCCCGACGCGUGACGUCACCCGGCCCGCGCCUCCCUCUACCAUAUCACGCUUACAUUCCAUUAUCGGGACGAUCAGACUCGCCGAGGUGCUCGCUUGUCCCGGAGUAUUAUAGACUUGGUAUUUAUUUAUUUGGGACUCCCGGCCUCGGCCGGACGGGGCCGCGGGGACGUUUGUGAUAUGUGACGGUCGCGCCCCGCGCCCGCCGCGAGCGACGCUAGUCUUAAUACUUUAAUCGGUUUAGACGUAGAGAUAAUUGUUUCUAUUGAAAAGUUAUGUUCAUAAGACGAGGUUUCGCAGCCCGCUAGUGUGUGUAGGUGUGUAUCGCGUUCGUAGCGUGUGCGUCCGUGUUCCUCGCAUUGUUCUUGAGUUUCGCAAAAACUAAGACUGAAAUAAAUAAAAAUAUAACACUAAAGUCUACAUUGAAGUAUGUUGUCUUAGGUAAAUUUAAUUCAAAUAGAAACAAUUAAAAGUAUAUAAUAUUUAAUGAAUCUUUCGAUUGUAACCUUGAUGAUAUUGUAUAUUAUGGAGAAGGUCAGUCAAUAAGCUAAUGUCUUUGCAGUGUACAGUUUCAUGUUUAAGUAACCUAUUUUAAAAAAUAAUUUCUAUACAGCAGCUAUAAAUCUGUGUUUAAACAACUUUUAUAUUUAUUUAUAAUGGUGUAUAAAGAACAUAUCCUGUAACAGUACAGUAAAUGCAAGGAAUAUUAAUUUACAUAGCAUAGUGACUAUUUUAUUGUAAAUAAUAUCUCUAAUUUAAUAUUAGAUUAAUAAUGGACAAUUGCCAGAAUCCGAGGGUCUUUUCAAUUGAGUGUUUACUACAUUCCAUAUUUAUGUUGAAAUCUCGAUGCUACUUAUUGUACUGCAGCCUCCGCUCCGCCCGCUGCCCGCGGUCCCUUGUGUGCACGGUGCACUGCGCACGGUGCACGGCGCACGGUGCAGGGUGCACGGCGCACGGCGGGCUAGCCGCGGGCCGUGAGCGCACUGGCUUCAUCCAACACAACACAACCUACAGUGCGUGUCAUUUUACGAUAUUCUGACUUUUACAAUUUCUCAAUUGCAGUGCACUGUGCACUCCUUUCAGAAAAUAUGACUUCUAAACGAAGGAUAUUCCAACAUCUACCGUACUGUAUUUCCCUUCCUAGCAAAUGUGUAGCUAUGAGAAGGGGAAAGGUUAUGUUGGAUGAAUAUAGUGUUCUAGUGAGUUUUCGCGCUGUAGUAUGCGAUACUGACAAUCAGAUAUAGAAAUCUCAUUAGGGACGAUAGACAUUGUUGAUAAAAUAUUGGUUGAUUUAGGUUUAUAUUAGGUAUUUAUUGUUCAUGGAACCAGGUACACGUGUUUUGAUUCCAAUUUGGGAUUCGGUGCAGCUAUUUAUUAUUGUAAUUUAUUUUUGGCAGUUAACUUCAAUAUUUUGUAAUUUAUUUCAUUAUCAAAUUAUUCAGAACAUGUGUACGUUAAUAAAAUUAUUUCAUUAAAAAUAAAAUGUGGUUGAACAAGAGCUUAAACAUGACUACAUUUAAACACAAACUGCUUAAUUUAAUCAUAAUCCGCAUUGUAUAACUUUCUGGCGGUAAAUUUUUCUGUAUUUAGCCAUUGAUGCCAAACUGAACUGAUACAAAGUCGUCUUUUCAUUUGUAAGUUUCACUCGCGUACCUAAAUUGUGACGCCGCUAUCUGUUAGAAUCAGAUCAGAGAGGUGUUUCCUUUUCCAACAGAUAACAACAUCGACUACCUAUUAUAUGUAUAGGUUAUGCCAUUUACGUGAGAAACACUAUGACAAAUGUAAAAAGGUGACAUAAAACUUGUUAUUACGGGCGUGUUUUAUAUGUCUAUCGCACUUGAUUAGUGUCCUAUUGAGUCGACUAUAGACUUGAAAUCUAUCCGAUAGGACUGAUAAACGCACUCGUUAUGCGUACAACAAUACGUCCGUGAAAGUAGCGCCCAACCUAUGGUCCAAGAUACACUUGUAAGUUUUACUUACGUAAGUAGGGACACAGCUAUACUACAGAAUGAGAGAUGAAUAUCGUUAUCUCAUUCUAACAAAUAGCUUUGUCCCUACUUACGUAAGUAAAACUUACAAGUGUAUCUCAGGCCUAUCACUUAGCAAAUCCACUGUCAUAAUAAAAUUGUAUCAAGUUUUUUAUUUUCACUGUUCAAAGUAAACUAAAAGCUAAACUUUAUUUAUUAUUAUAACUAUCUUGCCACUACAAUUAACAAAUACAAUUCAAUCCAUAUUGACACAUAAAUCAAUUAAUUGUGUACCUAUUAUGUUAUGCUUAUAUGACGUGAAACCAUAAACAACAAAAUGUAUUUUUAAGAUAAUGGUUCCUUGCAACUUUUUAUCCGCCAACUCGCUAACCUGUACGCUUUUUGUUAAAUUAUUUUGGGCCUGGGUAUUGCAAUUGACUAGUCCAAGUACCUAGUCCAAUAGAAUUAAGGGGUAGGUACUGACGCGUAUAGGCGCUGACUGCUUACUGCACCGAUUCUGUACUAUCAAGUCGGGAAAGGCCUAAUUACGCUGGUUCGAAAUCUAUGCGGAUCUGUCAAAAACACGAUCCAUAAAGGCGGGAUUCCACCAGUGUUCGGCACCGUGCGGCACAUGUAUUUUUUUGUACUGAAUAUGCUUGUGCUGCACAGUGCCAAGCUUCGGAGUGGAUAGCUUGGUAGGUCCUUAAGCUACGUGCUAUAUUUUCUUAUUGCGAAUAAUGCGUCAACGAUAUGUCGCCAGUUGGCAGGUAGACAGUUUCCCGUGGGCCUACGUAUGAAUGCCUGGUUAAUGUAUCACCUUGUUAUUAUAAUUAUAGCCUUAGAAUUGUGACCAGAGGUGGUAAAAGCAGUCAUUGUACAAAUUGCUAACGAAAUAUAAAAGUUGUUUAAAAUAGUUUCAGAAUAUUAAUUAUCUAGAUAACGAACAAUAUUCCAUUGUCAUAUUAAAUAAGUAAAAGCAGAAGCAAAUGUUACUAAUUAAAAAAACCGCAUUAAAUUAUGACCUACCAAUAAUAAAA